AUGCCGUUACUGCUUAAAAAGGUGUUUAAACCAAACAAAUGUCCCUCGGAUCUCAAACCCGAUUCUCUGGUUUUCUUUUCGCCCUUAACGAACGAAGUAUUUGUUUCAUACGAAAGUGUCAGAAGUUUAUGUGUAAUAUGUAUUUUUUCCUUUUCUAGUUCAUUUUUUGAACGGCAAAUCGCUUUAAAUUCAAUGAUAUGGACAUGUGCUGCAACAGGGAAAACUAGUCUCACUUUUGAGGAAGCGCUGGAAUCAGAAAGAAAUGCUCAGGAAAGCAUUCACUCCUUCCCUGAUUACUUGGGUACUCCGUUGCUUUUUCUUGUUCAUUACUUAUCAUUUCGUGGGCGAUUGGAUGAUUUGGUUGAUGAUUUGCAUAUGUUUAUCAAAAGUCGAUACUUUGUUGGUGAAGAAUUAAUUUAUAUUGGUGAACGAAAUAAAAAAUUAGUUCGUGUAUUAGGAAUAUCAUUUGUUGGAGAAAAUUUUACACCUAAAGUUGGCUCGGAGCAAGAUGAUUUGAAUUCUUCGAGUGGACGUGGUACUUUAUUGAUUGGUUCAGCAUAUGAAUACAAAUAUACAGUACAGAUCAUCAAUAAUGAUGGAACAGAAUCAGAUCUUGGUGUAAGGGAAGAAGUUGAGCAUAAUGAAUUAAUAAGACCGAAAGCCUUUUCUUCACGCGUCAAGUUGAAGCUCUUUCUAAAAAACUGUUGUUAUUCAAAUUCUGAGCGCAUGCUUGUGAAGAGAAAUUUGGUAGAAGAAAGAGGUCUGGACGAACUUUCGUGGAUUGAUGUUUUUGCUGGUCCUACAGCAAUUUUUCCUCGUACUCCUUUAGUUUAUCGUAAAGGAGUUUUACGCCCAGCUAAGGCCAUUAUUGCACAUGAAUCUAAGACGAUUUUGCACGAAAAUGAUUUUCAAACCUCGUUUGAAUCUUCCAAAGAAACUGGAAAUUCUAGAAUAAUGAACGUAUCUUUGAAUAUCGAACAAUCCGAAUUGCUAAAAAAGACUAGAAAACGAGAAAAAAAAAGUGAUCUGGCACGUCAAGAGAUUAUUUUGCAACAGGAGGAAUUGAAAGUAAUGAUAGAAAAUGCUAAAAAAUUUGGUAUCGAAGAUUUAUCUAGGUGGAAACAGGAAAGAAGAUUACUAUCAGCUGGUGAGAUAAACGAUUUAAAGCAGCAGAUUCGUAAUGCCAAAGAAAAAGAACGAGCUAAAAUUCGUGAGGCAAAACAGAGGGAACGUGAACUUUUUGUGGAAUGGAAAAAACCGAGAGACGAUCUUAUGUGUGACGAUCUAAAACCUCUUCCUAAUUUUGCUUUAUUCACUCUUCCUGAUUGGCUUGGUGAAGAUGAGUGGAUGGAAUGUCUUCAAAUUUAUCAAUUUUUCCAGAGUUUUUCAGAACUUCUUCCGAUAAAAGAGAUCCUUUUAAAAGCAAAAGCUGAACGUGCGGAUGAAGAAGAUGGUGAUGAAGCAACUUUAAAUAAUAAAGAUGACUUAGCAAUUGAUGCAAGCUAUGAAUUAGACCAUAAAAUUUAUGGAGAGUCUAUUCGACAAGCCACGCUUUUACAUGAAAAUAUUAGAAUGACCCAUGGUAUGAGUGUUCGGCAUCUACCAACUGAUUGCAUGACAAUAAGUGAAAUUAUUAGAUUGUCUCUUUUAACUUCCGGAUAUUAUACUGGUGCUGCAACUCAUCGUCAUCGUUUACAAAAUCGAGGUGGAAUUCGUUGUUUUGAAGAUGACGGAUUUCUUUUUGUACGAAAUAAUACUGAAUGCAUGAAAAUUCUUGAAAAGGAUUCUAUAUUCAAACUCGACUCGAAACAGCGUUUAAGAAUUUUGAACGUUUUUGUGCAGCAGUUAAUGAGUUAUCACAAGUUCCGAGCCUUUUCAGAGGAUAAAAUUUCAAUAUUAACUGAUUUAAGGAAAGAAUUAAAAAAUUUGCGCAAUUUCGAUAUCAAUCAAGAACGGGAAGCUCGAGAAGCAACUUUGCUUUGUGAAUAUGAAGCUGAGCAUGAAAAUGAGCAUGAAAAUCAUGGUAAUAAUGAAAUUAAUAAUUUGUCGAUCCGAAAAGCUCCCAUAUCAGAAAAAACAAGCUAUUUGUUGAACUUCUCACGAACAUUAAUAGAAAAUGAUGUAAACGGCGAGAAAUUAAAUGAGUUGAAGAAGUUGUUGCUUAAUGGUGUUUCUUAUGGCGAACUUGCAAUUGAUGAAAUUCCUUUUAUACGAAGCUUACAACAACGAUUCAUAUCAGAAAAAGAACAAGAAAUGUUAGAUGAAAUUUAUGUAUUACAAGCAAAUUUGGGUUGGAAUUUUUUGGGACGUGAUAGAGCUUUCCGAUUAUAUUGGUAUUUUGAUUCCCUUUCGCUCCUACUUGUCGAGAAUCCAACUAUUAAGGAUGAAAUUGGUGAAUGUUGUGGUGCAACUCCAGUUGAUAAGAUCAGUGAAGAUAUUCGACAGUUAUUUAUCGAUGAAAAUCAGAUGCGUUAUGCAUUGCCUUCUUGCACAUCGAGCAAUGAUUGCCCUGUGCAUUGUUUUAAACGGAGAUCGCGUUUCCAAAUUAUUGAUUCAGUCGAAACACUAAAUGCAGUCAGUUUUCAUUUCUCAAAUAAAUUAUAUUUAAUUCCUUUAAUGAUCGAAAGAUAUUCUCUAAUUGGAGCUUGUAAUCCUCGUGGAUAUCGGGAGGCAGAACUUCUCGAGAACUUAAAAUAUUUCCAGUCUCGUUUAUGCGGGCUGCUUAUCCACCAUUCAAGAAGAACAUCUAUCAGUGAUUUGCUAAUAGCGAACAUUAAUCCUACUAUUUCAUCUUUUGAUUUUGAUUGGCCUAAUGAAAUGGUUAAAAUGCUACUGGACUUAGAGAACAAGAUAGAACAAGGUGGUAUUGGUCAUUUGGCAAUUCGAAAUCGUAGUUCCAAUCGUGAAAAGUGGCGUAAUGGUCUUUUAGUUGAACGAGAUAUUUCUUCUUUUAUUCAAGGUGAUAUUAAAGUUUUUGACGAUUUAAUGAUUUGUCAUACUGAUUUCGCAAAGCUCAGUGUUGUAAAUCAGAUUGCCAUUGCACUUCUGCAAAUUGCUCAAGGAUUAAAUAUUCGAUUUCUGCAAUUUCCUUUUGUAAAGCAAGAUUCCAAGGACACUUGCGUCAACAUCCCUACUACCACUUUUGAUUCUUGGCAAAAAUCAUUGCUCAAAUGUACAUCGAUCUCAGCCAUUGCUCUUUUUUUUUCAACUUUGAAUUCGGCCAUAUUAUGGGACAAAAGUCGUUUGCAGGCUAAGUGUCGUGAAUGUCGCCGAAAGGGUGUUUUGGAAAAGCUUAUUGUGUGUAUCAGAUGUUAUCGGUGCUAUCAUAUAGACUGCAUCAAACCAAAACUUUCAAGGGUUUUUGAGAAUUGGUUGUGUUCAAAUUGUUCUUCUUUUAAAAAAAUUGGUGAAACAGAACAAGGGAAAAAUAAACCCAAAGAAACUAAUGGUAGCGCAGAAGACGAUAUUUCUGAUACUUCCUCUCAUGAAGAAAAUAUUGAUUCAAUAAAAAAAAGUAGACGAAGAGUAGCGAAUUCUGGAAUCACAAGUGGUCGAGUGGUCAGAAGGGUUAUACAUGUUGAACAAUUAAGUAAUGCGGCCAAAGGAAGCGUUAAGCGGAAGUCAAACCUUGAGGAAGCUACUGAAAAUGGCACAGAUGGUAGUGAGACAGAAAUGCGAUUGAAGAAGCGAAAAAUUGAAAAUUAUAAAAGGCCUAUCAUUCCUAUGAGUUUACGUCAAGCAGAUCAGCAGAGUCGAGAUUCUUUACGAGCGUUGGAAUCUGUAAUACGCGAUGCAUUGAAACAAGUACAUGCUUGGCCUUUUUUUGGGCCCGUUGAUGCCAAAGAAGUACCUGAUUAUUACCUGAUUAUUAAAAGACCAAUGGAUUUGCGAAAAAUCAUGAAUAAAUUAAAAAGGAGAUUAUAUGAUAAUCCUGAAGAAGUAAUCUCAGAUAUUAAAUUAAUUUUCGAAAAUUGUCGCUUAUAUAAUGAUGAAAAUUCGGAAAUUCGUAGAUGUGGUGAUACUUUGGAAAAUUUUAUUGACCAUAAAAUCAAUGAACUAGCAAUCAAAAUUCAUGCAAAUCGUCGAACACGUUUUGGAAAACGUUAA